UAUUAUUGUAUAUAUAUUUUAUUCGGUGGAUGUGUGGAAUUAAAUCUAAUGUAGAAAGAACACGAUGGGCAUGUGGUUGUUUUUCGAAAUGUUUGGUCAAUUGUAAGAAGAAAUGAAGGCAAUUUGAAGCCAUUACCUUAAAUCCAACGCAAAUAUCAUCUUCUUCUUCCAUCCUUCAAUCAAUCACAAGCAACUCUGCUCCAUUAGCAUCAUCAGAGAUUAACCAUGGCCGCUCUUCUUCUUCACUCCUCUUCUACUGCGAGCGUUCUGUUUGGAGAAAUGGGGAAAUUGAAGGCACGGAGUCAUCAUUCCAUUUUAUCAUCCAAGAAACCUAUGCGCAGUAGCUUUCUUCGUCUCGGCUCCAACAAUUCUACAAAUGGCAUCUCCGCAUUUUUCUUCAACCCUGUUGAGGAUCCUGUACUCAAAGAAGCUCUUAAGGAGCCAGUGGCGUUUGCAGGUGGGCUAUUUGCUGGACUUUUAAGGCUUGAUUUGAACGAAGAUCCACUAAAGGAAUGGGUUAAGAAGACAGUGGAAUCAGCUGGACUCACGGAGGAAGUUGAUACUCAAGGAUCUGUACAAGAGGAUGGCCCGACCGAGAUCGAGAUUGAAUGAUCCCAUCAAUGGAUCUAACCUGGUAUAGACAAUCUUAUUUAUUCCAAUAAUAUAAACCAGAAAAGUGCGAAUGAAAUGAUAUUUGAUUACUAUUACUACA